CUAAAAAAAUAAUAAUAUUACACUUGACGGAAUUUCAAAUAUGAUGUAAAAAUCAUGGAUUUAAUUGAAAACCUAAUGUAAAAUUGUGCUUGAUUUGAUGUAGAGUCGUAAUUUCUCAAUUAAAACGCAAAGCAAAAGAUUCCGUCAAGUAUCGUGUAAAUUUAAUCUUAGUAUGACCUGAUUUUGUGUAUCAUUUGAUGCACAUAACCGGAGCGUGUUUUUUGAUGGAAUUUUACAUCUAAACAAACACAAUUUUAGCCUGAUUUGACUACGCUCGCUUGACAGUGCAAAUGAUGUGUCAGCCAUCUUAGUGUUUUGGAAAUCAGUCGAGUUUCUGGCUUCAAGCAUUUGCUGAAAGUCAAUGAAAAUCUCCCAAAUUCUUAGAUUUGCCAAAUAAAAAAGAUCAAGCUGUACAAGAUGCAACCACGAUUCUCCGGAGGCGGAAUAUACCGGUCGUUGGUCGAACGGAACCUGUCCAGGUCCGGGUCCUGUCCAUCCUCAGUCGGAAUCUACGCUGGAACAUGCGCCACCAGCGGCUCAAGGUGGAAGAGGAAUGGUAGCCAUCUAAGAGUUGGGCAUUGGUCGAACAGAACCUUUCCAGAUCCAAGUCCUGUCCAUCCUCAAAUAUUUGCCGCCAGCCGCCUGAACCCGAAAAACAGCCUAACAAAAUUCGGCUGUCCUUGAUUCUGCUGCAACUGUAGGGCCAAAGUGAUCCAGGAAUGCCGCCGAACGUAUCUCCGACGACGAAAACGGCUACAAGCACCCCGGCAAUGUCGGCGUGAACAAGUCACAGACAUUGCCCCGCAGCAACGGCGGCUCCAGGGCGACCCCGACCGGUGGCAGCGGGGUAACGGGGACGGGUUACGGUGUUGGGCCACAGCCGGAGCAUCAGGUUGCACCGCAGGUGGUGGCAUGCCGAAAAUCGUGCCAAAACCAGCGGAGACGCCCCCGGCCAUCCGGCGUCAAUUUUUGAUUCCAAGUGGUUCCCCGAUUCGUAAAGCAAGCAACGGUUACGGCCACAGCGGGGGCAAGAAUACUCCACCCCGGUCAAAGACGCCGCUCGGGACGGCGCUCUCAAGCAAUCAAUCCGGCCAGCAGCAGCAUAUCACCGUGAAAGGCGUCGAGCCCAAGCUGGUCCAGAUCAUCAUGGACGAAAUCAUCGAGGGAGGCGCCAAGGUCAAGUGGCAGGACAUUGCCGGCCAAUAAGUGGACAAACAAGCCCUCCAAGAGAUGGUCAUCCUGCCGUCCGUCCGCCCAGAACUCUUCACCGGCCUACGAACGCCCGCCGAAGGCCUCCUCCUGUCCGGUUCUAUGUCACCAGCCGCCUGAACCCGAAAAAACAGAACGACUUCGUGUGUCGUCGCCAGUUCUCUCCUAACAAUAUUCGGCUGUCCCUGAUUCUGCUGCAACUGCAGGAGUACCCCGACAGAACCAGAGCCACAAGUGAUCCAGGAAUGCCACCGAAUGUAUCUCCGACGACGAUAACGGAACGGAUUAAGUGACCUUAGAGUGACCUUGUUACGGAAUUCCCGUAGAUUUUAUACGGAUUUUUCUAGACAAAGUUCGAAAACGUUAUUUAGAAAAAAUAUAGCGAAAAAAGUAUGAAAACGAUCAACCUUGUUUUUAUUUCUAACCUCAAAAUCACAAUUCUCCCAGCUGAAAUUACAUCAAUUUGAAUAUUACAUCGUCGUAUAUUCGAGUUUUGUAAAAUUCAAUGCAUCAAUAAAUGCCUUGGUGGUGUCAUGUAAUUUUCAAAUCUGAUGUAAAUUUGCAUCAGAUAUGACGCUCCAGUUAUGUGCAUCAAUAUAACAGAAUAUUACACGAUUAUUUUUUGGUGUGUAGAUCAGUAGUGUCCCUACCAAUGACUUGCACGUAUUAUAAAGUAUGAUUUAUGUUUUGGUUAUUUUUGUAGAGAGUUUUUAAAAAAUCUUGUUUAGGUGGGGCAAGUGUACCAUAUGGAUUUUUAGUAUGAAAAAAAAAAUACGAAUUGCUGCAGCAACAGAUUUUA